AUGCUGUCACGAUUGCUUGCAUUAGGUCGCAUAUCGGAAACAAAAUUCAUUUCGGCAGUACCUGGAAAGGCUCCACCAGGAGCCAAAGCUACAUUCGGAGGAACAAUAGUGGCACAAGCCUUAUGGGCAGCAAUCAAGACCACUAGCCGUUCGUUUGAGCCAGCUUCGCUUCAGUGCUACUUCCUUGUAGGAGGUGACCCGAAGGAACGCAUUGUUUACGAGGUAGAACUACUGAGAGAUGGAAGGAGCUUCGCGCAUCGUCUGGUGCGUGCUUAUCAGUUUAAAAAGGUUAUUUGUGUUGCUACAAUCAUGCUGUAUGAUUCGGAGGCUUCGCGUCCUCUGCCAGCCGGUGACUCCGUCUCUUUCCUUAAAAACCUGGAGGACUUCCCAGAGCUGAAAAAGAUGCGCCCAGCCGCGCAGCUUUUCGAACAAAAGGUAAUUGGGAACUUGGAUAGGUACCACCAUUUGAACGAGUCAUGGAAAAGUCCAAAAAUUCUCGAUCCGUUUGUCAAGCGCUUUGAAUCAGGAGCGAUAGAUUAUCAGUUUCCUGAGGACAUUUUCGAUUCGGCUGAGUACCACGGCAAAGACAAGCAAACUCAUCUCACAAAGUUGGACUACUAUCAACGCGUGAGAAGACCGGCUGCAAAUAAUUUUGAAGAAAGUGAAGAUUCCAAGGAUCCAAGAUUUCAGUACGUGCAAUUCGCAUAUUUAACAGAUGCGUAUCUGUUACUCUGUUUGCCGUAUUUCCAUCUACUCCCACUAUACUGUCACAAAUUCAGUGUUUCCCUAGACCAUACGAUUCACUUCCACAAACGACCCAAUGUGUAUGACUGGCUAGCCUUGAGAGUUACUAAUCCGAGGUCAGAAAACGGGCGGCACCUUGUUCGAGGAGAGUAUUACAAUGACAACAAGGAACCAGUGGCCUCGGUUACGCAAGAGGGCCUUGUUGUUUACGACAGUCCUUCAAAAAUUAGGUCUCGUUUCUGA